CGGUGGUAAUAAGAGCGUCACAAAUCACAGCACUCCUGCUUUCACAAGUCAGAGGAGCAGAUCUCUUUGCAUGACAGAAAAACCAAAUCUUUGCUAUAAAAGAGGAUUAGUUUCAUGGACUAAGCAGUUGCAUGGACGUUUCCCAUGAAAUCUAAACAUUUAUGAUGCCAAAUUUAGGAUCAAAGAAGAAAGACAAUCUAUCCAGAAUGGACAGAAACACUGAGGAUUUGCCACAGUUGACCAAUGAGAUGCAGCUGAGCAUUAUGACCAAGGUGAAGAACGGAGAGUUGUCCAUCGAAGAUGCCCUAAACCAGGCCAUGAAAGGUCGGAAGCAGCUGGUCAAGCUGAAGAACCUGGCUCAUGAGAAACCUCAACUCUCACAGUGCAACUUCAGUGUUCACAAGCACAGCCACUACAGGUGGCAGAAGAGAGUUCUCCAGAUUGAUUUCAAGACCAAAAUGCUGUGCAGCAUCGAUAAAGGAAUCAUAAAGCGACAACUUUCCUUUUCCAGUGUCAAGGGUUGUGACGAUGGAGUGGGUUCCAGGUUCUCCAUUUCCUUUAAAGGACAUCAUGAUUAUGAUUUGGAGGCAACUUCACUGGAGGACAAACACAAGAUGAUGCAGCUGGUGAAUCAGAUCAUUUAUGGGAACAUAUACAACGAUCCUGAAGAGGAUGAUGCAGAAAGAUUUCAGCAGCCUCAAGCAUUACAAAAUCUACGGGAAGGCGUCUUGUUCCUGCACAGAGGGGGGCUGGCAUCAGUCAAAUGGGUGAAAUAUGAGGUCCAUCUCCACCUAGGUCAGCUGACACUGAUCCCCUACAGGGGCCAAGACCCCGCUGACGGCGAGGUGACAUCCACAGUGCCCGUUUCCAUCGUGGUUCACCUGUCAGACGGCGACACCAGCGUACAGAAACCUCCCAGCUCUGACACUUUCACCCUGAUCACCCACAAAAACGAGUACCAGUUCCGGGUGCCUAAAGCGGAUGAAGCAUCUCCCCCUGAGGCUGUCCAGAGGGAGCGAGACGCUUGGGUCCAGGCCAUUGACAAACUGUGUUCAGACUGGAAGAAGAAGUCAAAGGGCAAACACAUGUUGGUGGAAACAAAGGGUCCACAAUGUCUCAGCAUGGCCGAAGAAACAGAGGACACUGACAAAGAUCUUGAUUCAAGCGGUGGAAUGGGCGAUAUGAAUUAUCCUCCAGUUGAUUAUACAAAUCCCACUUCUGGCAGUGGAGACAAUUUAUCAGCCGGGGACACGAGUCAAAGUCAUCCCUCAUCCGGUUUUGUAAAGCCUGUUCCCAAACCUCGCAGCACGAAGAAACCUGCAGUUAUCAAGCCUGAUAUUUUGCCUCCCGUGCCAUCACCUGGUGUUGUUGCCGUAUCUUCUCCCACCUCCCCUCAACCCUCACCCUCCAACACUGCCCUCACAUCCUCUCCCAAAGUCCCAGAGACUCCUAACCAGGAAUCAGGCUCCAUAGUUCCAAAAGGGCCUCCACCGACGAUCAUCCCACCCCCCCCACCUUUGGCCUUCAAAUUCCCUAUCCAGUUGGGAAAACCAUGCACCAAGGCUUUCCACUGGGACAUAAUUACCUCAGAGAAGAUUGCAAAAUCCUUUUGGAUGCAAGAAAGCACCAGGAGGAUUGAAAUCGAUACAACGCGCUUAUAUGAGCAAUUUUCCGUUAAAGAUCUGGGGAUGUUUAGUGCGGCUGAGUCGACCAACACCCAGGACAUUAUGCUCAACCGGAAGAUUGCACACAACUUCAACAUUUUCCUCAAAAGUUUUCCUGUGAAACCGGGCGAGUUGAAGGACAAACUGUUCAUCGUUAAUGAGGAAGACGGAGGCCUGUCUGAUGAGCACAUCACCUCUCUGAGGAGGUACGUCCCUACGUUGGAUGAUGUGGAAAUGUACAAAUCCUACAAGGGACCUGUGACAGAGCUACAUAUUGUGGAUCAGUACAUGAUGGAGAUGUGCAACAUCCCCUGCCUGAACACGCAGCUCGACCUGCUGCUGAUUCUGAGAGAGCUUCCGAUCAGCAUGAACGACCUGCAGCCUCUGAUUAACCAGAAGAUCAGAAUGUGCACGCAGCUGAACAACAGCAGGUCAUUUAUUUCUGUGCUGGAGUACCUCCUCGCCAUUGGCAAUUACCUCAACGAGAACGCCCGGAAGGAAAAGGCCAAGGGAUUCCGCCUCUCCUCCUUAACUAAACUCUCCCAGCUCCGUGGGAGGGACAGGAAAUUCACCUUGGCCCAUGCCCUUGUGGAGCAGAUCAUGUUGCAUGAACCGUGCCUGGCCACUUUUCCUCAGGAGUUGGCAGAAUUUGAAACUGUCCCUGGAGCUUCCAUCAAAGGCCUGACCGCAGAAGUAGAUGUCCUGAAGAAUGAACUGCAGAAAGUCAUUCAGUACAGGAAAACCUCCAAGAAGAGAAAUGAUGGGGUUCACCCAAACUUCUCUAAAGACCUGAAGUUGGCAAUUGAGAAAUAUAACACGGAUCUCUCUGCACUGACGAAGACGUGUGAGGAGAUGAAGAAACUCUACUCCGUCAUUCUGGUUAAAUUCGGCGAAAUGGCGGAUCAAGACUCUCAGGAACUCUUUGGGUUGAUCUGUCAGUUCAUCCACGACUUCAAGCGGGCCCAUGCUGAAAUCAUAUGAGUGUGAGACUGCAGUGAUGCCUAUUAAACAAGUCUUAUUGUCUUAGUCACAGAUCAGAGAGAUUACAACACAAAAAAACAGGAUAUAACUGUUAAUACAGCAUUUGAUAUUGAAGAUUGAGUCAAAUAUUGCAUGGAUUAAUAUUUUCAGUAGCAGAUUGUAUAUUUUUCCUGUUGUACAGAUAAUGUAUUUUAUAAUGGGGUCUGGAUGCAAGUCAUUGUAAGACCAUGAAUACACCAUGAGGUGUAUAGUUAUGCCCAUGCAGCUGGAUAAAAGGAUGUAAGUGGAAAUUAUUUUAUGAAUAUAAAACCAAUCUAGUAUGUUGCAUUAUUUCAUGUGAGAAGUUUUUUUUAAAUUUUGGAUUGACUUUGUGUGUGCUUACAUUUAUUUUGAGACGAAUCAGUUAUGCAGGAUAUUAAACUCCUGGGUUGGAAGAAGCUCAAGUGUGCUGCUAAUACCCACAGCUGUAUGCUGGCAGACGCACAAAACAGACAUUACUAUGGAAGCCAGCUGAGGCUGCUGUACUUUGGGUGCGUGAUUAUUCUGAACAUGCAAUUGUGCUGUGGUCGGGGACGUUCCCUUUCUGGGGCUCCAUGAGGAGCUCCAAGGCUGUCUCUGAUUAAGGAACAGAGCUGCACUGUUGCAUGAUGAGGAACACAAGAUUCCCCUU